AUGGCCUCAGACAACGACUACGACAGCGAUGAUGAAGAACAGCAGAGGCGAAGCUCGAGCCAAGGGAGAAAACGAGGUCAAGCAGCUGGAGGGAACGAAGUCUCUGCCGGAGGGUACUGUUACGCCCUCUGUUGGUUCUUGCUGCUGCUCAUUGUAGCAUGGCCUUUGGCAAUCAUCUGCGCGAUCAUUUGGGUCCUGAUCCAACCGUGUGAGGCUUGCAUUGACGGCGCGGAUGGCAUCAACAGGUGCUUGUAUCCCUGGCUUCGAUACCCUCGUAGGGUGGGUCGCGCCAUUCACCGCUGUGAUGCAGAAAUGCCCAAGCCAGUUCCCAAGCCUGAUAACGCUUAG